UUUACAGUCGCGGAUGUGAAACUGGUCUUAUUGUCAUGUGGCGAUAUUCCACGAUUCAAAACCUGUAACAAAACAACAAAUUAUUUAAUCAAGAACCCGUCGUUUCUCUUCUGCACUGUUGUGGGGAACAGUUGCAUGGUUUGUCUCAAUGGAUUUUAUUCGACAUCUUUGGAUUGUACUUUGUAUUACAGUGUUUUCGUGUGCUCGUGCAGACAACUUUCAGAUUGACCCACUGAUAUAUGAGGAGCAGCUGUUGUGGGUUGGUGGUGGAGCUGGUGAGGUGAACACCUAUCGGAUCCCUCUGCUCACCUACACAUUAAAAGGUAGUUUGCUGGCGUUCUCUGAAGCCAGAAAACAGUCCUCCAGUGACAUCGGGGCGAAGUUCAUUGCAAUGAGACGCUCCACAGACAAAGGAGCCACCUGGUCCCCCACCUCAUUUAUUGUGGAUGAUGGUUCUCUAGCAGAUGGGUUGAAUCUGGGUUCGGUUGUUGUGGAUGAGGAGACUGGUGCAGUGAUACUCAUCUACUCUCUGUGCUUCCACCGUUACCAGUGUAACCCCUCCAGCACCAUGCUGGUGGAGAGUCUGGAUGAUGGGCUCAACUGGAGCGCCCCAAGAAACCUCUCCAUUGAGCUGGGGGUGAAGAGCUUCGCUCCUGGGCCUGGCUUUGGUAUACAGAAACGCUAUCACCCUAAUGUUGGCCGUUUGGUGGUGUGUGGCCAUGGUUCCAUUGCUGGUGAUGGAGUCUUCUGCAUCCUGAGUGAUAAUCAUGGGAAAUCCUGGAGAUAUGGAGCUGCUCUGAAGAGCAUCCCUUACAACCAGCCUAAACAAGAUCUGGACUUCAACCCAGAUGAGUGUCAGCCAGUGGAAAUGCAGGAUGGAAGCAUAGUCAUCAAUGUACGUAACCAGAACAACUACCACUGCCGCUGUCGAAUAGUGGUAAGGAGUCUGGAUGGAGGCGAGUCUCUGCCCGUAGAGGAGUUGGUAUUUGACAAAACACUGGUGGACCCUGCUGUUGCAGCCGGUGCCCUGCAGAAACAAGGCGUUAUGUAUUUCACCAACCCAGCCAACUCUCAACAUAGGAUCAAUCUGACUCUUCGCUGGUCUUUCACUGAUGGACAGUCAUGGGAAAAGGAGGCGGUCCAGAUCUGGGCAGGGCCAAGUGGUUAUUCCUCUUUGACAUCACUCAAAGGGGAUUCUCCCGAUGACAAGAAAUAUAUCUUUGUAAUUUAUGAAAAGGGCCAUAAAGAGUACAUUGAGACCAUCUCUUUCGCUAAAAUCCAUCUAUAUGGAGGCAAAUAGAAUACAGGAGGAAAAGCUAAGAAUAAAGGGAAAUUCAGGACUUAUAAAAGACAUAUUCUAAGCUAUGGUUUCAGUUUGAUCCAAAAACAUUUUGCCAAUAACUUUUUGGUUUCCGACUAGUCAGUGCCAUUGGACUGCUUGGCUAAAGUCUAAAUUAGAGAAAGUUUACAUGAAACAUAACAUGAACCACUCAAAGAAUCAGAAAUCUGAAAUCAUUUUGAUACAAUUGUGAUUGUAUUCACUGAUGUUUUAACUUUAUAAUUUCAAUGCACAAAAUUUACUAUAAUAGAAGUGGCUUGAUAAAACAUUUAUCAGUUUGAUCAAAAUAUUCAUCAGUUUCCUGAAGUUAAGACUGCUACACCUGCAAUUGCACAUGGGUUUCAUGAGAUUGUACAGUUUGAUUGUUUUUAAACAGCUCAUGUGCUGUUUUUUUCUUGUUGAUUUUAAUUUUUUUUUAAUUUGUUGAAGAGGUUAAAUGAUUGUAUAUGUUGUACAGUAUUGUAAACUAAUCUUCAUAUACAACCCCAAUUCCGAAAACUUUUUUCAAAAAGUUGGGACUGUAUGAAAAAUGCUAAUAAAAACAAAAAUGA